UACACACACACACAUACGGCAACUCUCCACAGGAAAAACUGGAGACAGAAUGCGCAGCCCCUUCACAGCAGCUUUGGUGCGUCGUGGCGUCCAAAUGGGAUUCUGUUAGACUUUGAUAGUUGGUUAAUUACUCAUAUGAUACCACACAGAUGUCUGGGGGGCUCUAGCCGAAUAUUCGUCUCUCACUAACUCACUGACUGACUGACUGACGGGAUCCUGGGGAAGGCAGACAUUUAAGGAGCGCUGUGCUAAAUAACCCUAAUCAGGCUCUUAUCACCUCAUCUGGAAAUCAAAGAGCUGCCAGUGUUCUGCGAUGGCCAUUACGACGCUACAAUUGUUUCUGCUAAUGGCCGUUCUGGCCACUGGUGGACUAUGUCAGAUAAAUGGCACAGAGGAAGCCCGGGACGCUUUAUUUCCAAACUCUACUACCUCCAAAACCAACGUACACAAGGGUUUCCAGCCCCCCACAAAAAAAGACACUUCGGCUUUCAAUAAUAAUCAUCCACCCUGUAAGGAUCCCACUUCCAUCAAGCUUUAUUUUAAGUAUAUCAACACAAUCAUUUCCUGUAUCGUGUUUGUGGUGGGAAUGGUGGGUAAUGCCACUUUAUUGAGGAUUAUUUACCAGAAUAAGUGUAUGAGGAACGGACCCAAUGCCCUCAUCGCCAGUCUGGCUCUUGGAGACCUCAUUUACAUCACUAUAGACAUCCCUAUAAAUGUCUACAAGCUGCUGGUCACAAAGUGGCCAUUUGAUGACAGCUCCUUUGGACUCUUCCUGUGCAAACUGGUGCCGUUCCUCCAGAAAGCGUCUGUUGGGAUUACAGUGCUCAAUCUAUGUGCUUUGAGUGUGGACAGGUACAGGGCUGUAGCCUCCUGGAGCAGAGUGCAGGGUGUCGGCAUUCCUCUUUUAACUGCCAUCGAGAUCUUCUCAAUCUGGGUGCUGUCCAUUUUUUUGGCAGUACCUGAGGCUAUGGUCUUCAACAUGAUCACCUUCACCUACAAAAACCAAACCAUCCACACCUGCAUGCUCAAGCCUGAAACUGACUUCAUGACGUUCUAUGUGUAUUGGAAAGACUGGUGGUUAUUUGGCUUCUACUUCUGUGUGCCUCUGGCCUGCACGGCUGUUUUCUACACGCUCAUGACCUGUGAAAUGCUGCACCACAGAAACGGAAGCCUUCGGAUCGCCCUCAGUGAACACCUUAAACAGCGGCGUGAAGUGGCUAAAGCCGUCUUCUGUUUGGUGCUGAUCUUUGCUCUCUGCUGGUUCCCUCUGCAUCUCAGCAGACUGCUGAAGAAAAUGGUUUACGUUCCAAACGAUGAAAGACGUUGUGACCUGCUCAACUUCCUGUUGAUCAUGGAUUAUUUUGGUAUCAACUUGGCGACUGUGAACUCCUGCAUUAACCCCAUCAUCCUCUACUUUGUCAGCAAGAAGUUCAAGAAUUGCUUCAAGUCCUGCUUAUGCUGCUGGUGUUACUCUAAGAACCAGGUGUCCAGCUCAGGUCCAGUGAACGGCACUAGCAUUCAGUGCAAAAACCAUGAGCCCGGCAACCUCAACACCGACAGAAGCAUCCGGAAAUACAGCGACUAAGAAGUAUAUUUUAAAAAUAUGCCUUACAAAACAUUUGUACAAACAUUUAUAUAAGACUAAAAGGCCUUGUGCUCGGCGCAUCAAGCUGUUUAUAUAUAUA